UAAAGUCGGGCUGUGUGUGCAUCAUUGGGUUAAACUAGUGUUCCUCCUCUCCUGGAUCUGCUUUGCUCAGGAAUCAUGCGAGCUUUGGGGAAUCCAAGUUGCUGGCUCAUCUGCUGGCUGCUCCCUGUGUCGUGUUAGGAAGGAGCAAUCUUCAGCGAGAUCACCGGAGCUUCCCCAAAGCAGGAGAGACUAUGGACUGAGUGUAUCCUCCUCACCAACAUGCAGUUAAUUGUGGGCAUCGUUUGUCUUAUCGCUUGCCUCAAACCAGGGUCAGUUGCAGGCUUUGGUGUGGACCCCUCCCUACAGAUUGAUAUCCUUGAGGAGUUCCAGCUGGGGGAGGCCACCCCUGGAGUGCACCAGGUUCAAGGACUUCACAACAGCAGCAGAGCCUACCUUUUCCAAGAUAUAUCAAGAAAUUUAAAAGCAUCAUCAUCAAUAUCAGACAAAAUUAUUCAGAAACUGAGGAAUAAGCAUGAAUUUACUAUAUUGCUGACUGUAAAACAGGCGGUUUUAAAUUCCGGUGUUAUUCUUUCUAUUCAUCAAUCGGAUCACAGGUAUCUUGAGCUAGAAAGUAGUGGCCAUCGAAAUGAAGUCAGGUUGCACUAUCGCUCAGGGAGUCAUCGAUCUCAGACAGAAGUUUUUCCUUAUAUUCUGGCGGAUGAUAAAUGGCAUAGAUUUUCCUUGGCAAUCAGUGCAUCCCAUCUGGUUCUCCAUGUAGAUUGUAACAAGAUUUAUGAAAGAAUUAUUGAAAAGCCGUUCAUGGAUAUUCCAUCUGGUACAACCUUGUGGGUCGGACAAAGAAAUAAUGCACAUGGUUAUUUUAAGGGGAUCAUGCAGGAUCUGCAGAUUGUUAUCAUGCCGCAAGGAUUCAUCUCCCAGUGCCCUGAUCUAAAUCGCACAUGUCCAACGUGUAAUGAUUUCCAUGGACUGGUGCAGAAAAUUAUGGAAUUGCAGGAUAUUUUAGCAAAAACCUCAUCAAAGCUGUCAAGAGCUGAGCAGAGGAUGAAUAGGUUAGAUCAAUGCUACUGUGAGAGGUCUUGCACGGUAAAGGGCAGCAUCUACAGAGAGCUGGAGUCCUGGACAGACGGCUGUAAGAAAUGUACAUGCAUGAAUGGAACUGUCCAGUGUGAAACUUUAAUCUGCCCAGAACCAACUUGUUCAGCUUAUACUGCACCAGCAUUUGUUCCCGGUAAAUGCUGUAAGGAAUGCCAAUCGGUGUGUUUAUACCAAGGCCAGCUGUACUUUGAAGGAGAAAGGCAAAUAUCCUAUUCUACUUCUGGAGUGUGCGUGCUCUUUGAGUGCAAGAGCAACAAAAUGCAAAGAAUAGAGACCCCAGAAUGUUUACCCUUGAACUGUCCACGAUCACAACAAAUAGAACUAAAGAACAGCUGCUGUAAAGUCUGCAAAGGUUAUGACUUCUGUUCAGAAGGACAUAAUUGUGUGGAAUAUUCAGUCUGCAAAAACCUGGAUGACAAAGCUGUCUGCAUCUGCCGUGAUGGUUUCCGGCCUCUUAGAGAGGACAAUGCCUAUUGUGAAGAUAUUGAUGAGUGUGCAGAAGGACGUCACUACUGUCGGGAAAACACUGCGUGUGUUAAUACACCAGGAUCUUUCAUGUGCAUUUGCCAAACAGGAUAUAUCAAAAUUGAUGAUUAUUCCUGCACAGAGCAUAAUGAGUGUGCAACAAACCAGCAUAAUUGUGAUGAGAAUGCUUUGUGCUUUAACACCGUGGGCGGGCAUAACUGUGUUUGUCAGCCUGGAUACACAGGAAACGGCACCAUAUGCAAAGCAUUUUGCAAAGAUGGCUGUAGGAAUGGAGGCACUUGCAUUGCUCCUAAUAUGUGUGCUUGUCCACAAGGUUUUACUGGACCUAGCUGUGAGACAGACAUUGAUGAAUGCGCUGAAGGAUUUGUUCAGUGUGACAGCCGUGCUAACUGCAUUAACCUACCAGGCUGGUACCACUGUGAAUGCAGAGAUGGCUACCAUGACAAUGGGAUGUUCUCCUUGGGUGGAGAGUCAUGUGAAGAUAUUGAUGAAUGUUUAACUGGAAGACACAGCUGCAGUAACGAUACUGUUUGCUUCAAUUUGGAUGGUGGGUAUGACUGCCGCUGUCCACAUGGAAAAAACUGUUCUGGUGAUUGUAUACAUGAAGGCAAGAUUAAGCACAAUGGGCAAAUCUGGGUGCUGGAUAAUGAUCGGUGCUCGGUGUGUUCUUGUCAGGUUGGGCUGGUAAUGUGUCGUCGCAUGGUUUGUGAUUGCGAAAACCCAACUGUUGACUUGUUUUGCUGUCCUGAAUGCGAUCCACGACUCAGCAGUCAGUGCCUGCAUCAAAAUGGAGACAUUACCUAUAAAAGUGGAGAAACCUGGGUACAAAACUGUCAGCAGUGCAGAUGUUUGCAAGGAGAAGUUGAUUGCUGGCCUCUGCCUUGCCCAGAAGUUGACUGUGAAUUUAGUGUUGUUCCUGAGAGUGAAUGCUGUCCACGAUGCAUUAACGACCCGUGUCAAGCUGACAUAAUACGCAAUGAUAUCACAAAGACUUGUGUUGACGAAACCAAUGUGGUACGCUUUACAGGAUCUUCUUGGAUUAAGCACAGCACAGAAUGCACUCUCUGUCAGUGCAAGAAUGGCCACAUAUGUUGCUCAGUGGACCCUCAGUGCCUUCAGGAGCUGUGAUGACAACCAGCUACUACUAUAGAAGGUUCAAGGAUAAAGAAUGUUAUCUUCUCUUAUAAAAAGACCUUACACCAAAAAUGAUAAUACUCCCUACCGUUCAAGAAAGACAAGAAAAAACGUAACAUCUUAUGUACGGGAGAUUUCUACUAAAAAGAUUUUUUUUCUUUUUUUUUACUAAACUUGAGGCCAAAUAUAUACCAGUUGCCACUGACAUUUUUGUGCAGAAUGCCUACAUGGAAUUCACUACAUAAUCAUAUUUUUCAAAGGGGAUUGGUGAUGUACUAUUCUGCUUCACAGAUGGAACUGUUCAUGUUUAAGGAUAAAACUAAGCACUUUAACAUCAGCUUUAUGCCAGCUGUUGCUUGAAAAUAAUGGAAUACCUUGAAAACAAUGGUAUAUACACCCACGGUAAAAUUGCUUGCCUUGAUCACUGCUAGGUUCACCAAGUCCUGGAACAUGAACUAAAGAUUCUUGGCGGGGUGGGGGUUGGAGUGUUUAGGUCCAUAUUGUACCACUUGAUAUCACCUGCACAUAUUUUUCUCACCAAUCUAAAAUAUUUUAUUAUAUAUUGUAGGGAGUGAUUUUGCAAAUAAAAUGAAGAUGUGUUAUAGACACCUCUUAUUCUUUGGUACACUUUCUGUAUCAGCAUGGGAAAAAUGUGUUUUGGAGGGAAAAGCUAACAUUGCUGUUUUAUUUCAUGCACUUUUUGACUUCUUUUCUUGACUGGAUACGUUUAGUAUAAUUGUGUUCUUGUGUGGAUUUAAAUAAAUGUUUCUCUUACAUACAA